AGGGAUGAAGGAUGUGGAACCACGUGCAGGACCAUCAAUGCGUGGUUUGUCAGAACACACUAUUAGGCUUUUGGCACGACUGACAGUUACUGGUAAUUAUGCAUACAUGUUUAGCAGACAGUGUUAAAAACUGAAAGAUGUACUUGUACUAUAUAGCAUUACAUGUAUCUACAGUGUCACACCCAAAUAUAGCGGUUCAAUUCUGCAGUUUGAAGCUUGACAGCCCAGAUACAUCAUCUGAUCAGGACUUUGAGGACAGUUAAAGGCAGAUCCCAAAGGAACAGGAAUGGAAUUUCAUUUUCGUUUAAUAUUUUGCAAGAUUGCUGGAUCUCCAAGGGCCACUGAUGAUGUUUAGAUCUUAAGGAUUUAGACCAUUGCUGGAUCUCCAAGGGCCACUGAUGAUGUUUAGAUCUUAAGGAUUUAGACCAUUGCUGGAUCUCCGAGGGCCAUCGAUUAAGGUAAAGAUCUACAGGAUUUCGACCAUUGCUGGAUCCCAUAGGGCCACAGAUUACAGUACAAAAUUCCUUAGGAUUUUAGACAGUUACUGGAUCCCGAGGACCCACAUUUUGUAGUCAGGUUGCUUAAUGCUGUGGAGGUUUUCUAUUACUUGGCCCUUCACAGAUUGUACUCUGAACCUUAAAAGCUGUUGAAAAUAGGAGGACCCCUUAAGUACCGGGGAGUAUUAAUAGCUAGAUCCCUAAGGGGUGUGUAUAAUGUGGGACACUAUGGUUCUGUUGAUGGUACUUAUCAGAUCCCGUGCAGGUUACUACAAAAUGACACAGCAUUUGAAGUCCUACACUAGACAAAGUUUUGUACUUGUGUGUUAAAAAUGGAGGCCUGAUAGCGUGUAUACACUGUUUCGUGGAAUAAGUCUGGGUUAUUCAUGUGUAAGGAUGCUUGAAUAUAAGGCCCAUAGCAAACACGAGUUAAGGGGCUUUAGCACUUGAUGGCAUUCAGCUACAUGGACUAAAUGUGAGUGUUUUUCUGUUUCGAUAGAUAAGUGAUUAGACUUGAUGACAACGACAAGGAAAGGCGCGUUUUCCUGCCCAAAGUCACCUUGAGUAUGUUGGACCAUAAGGGCUCCCUGGGGUCCUAGACUAUGUAGGGGCUGUUAGGGCACUCCAGGGUCUAUAGUUUUAGGGCAGAAUUUUGUUAUGUGGUCGGCUGACCUUUAAUGGAGCACACUGGCCGAUAAUUGAUAAAUCCAGGCAAAUUAGUACUCGGGGACGCAUUUGGAACAUUUCUGAUCUCUGAUGCAGAUAGUUAUUGGAAUCAUUCGAGCGUGUUGGUGCCCACCACACCAGCCGACCAACCGCGACAGCAGUCUACAGAACCGAACCCGAACCCGGGUGCCAGCGUAUAACAUUCUGUGUAUAAACAGUGACAGAAGUGGCUGCAGUCGGACUGGGACAUUUCCAUCGUAAUAGUUUUAAUCGUGUUUGCCGAAGCUAGCAGUAUAACCACUCGUGGUUUAUAUUCAUGGGCUACCGGUACUCUGUGUAACGAAUAUUAUAGCUCUGGGGAAGAUCAAAUUUGUGUCAAGAAGUAGAAAAAUAUUCCUGAUUUUUUUUUUUUCUGGACUAGAAUGGUCAUUAUUGGUCAUUAUAUAAAUAUAGUAGGAAGACUUUUUAUGGUAUAGAUACUGUUACAUACCAGAACAACUGUUUUAUUCACAUUUCCGAAGACUGCACAUGUCUGGACACUAAAUGCUACAGAUUCUGUUGGCGUAUUAAUACCACUUGCUGUACACGUGCAACAAAAAAUAUUGAUGUUGACAAUGUUUCUGACAUGCAAAAUGAUGACAUUUCAUGGAAAAUUUGUAAUUAAUAUGAUCAAAUUUCCAACAUUGAUGAGUGAAGUGCUGACAUUUACUCUGAAGGACAGAUCAAUUUCGUCAUUUGUUUCGUCGCGUCGCCCAUUGUGGCUUCGGCAGGAAAAACGGAAGUCAUUUGAUGUUUCCAGUAUGGGCGUUGGCAAUUUCAAAAUAUCACCAGUACCAGAUUUGAAUGAGGAAGACUUUCAAACAGACAUUUCCUUCAAAAUUGAAAAGGGUUAGAAACACUCAUAUCAAAUUGGGACAUCAGAAAAAAUUGACGUCUGCCAUCUUGGUUCCUUAGAAUUCUUUGGAAUGAAAAUCUACUGUUUUCAUGGUAUGCCAACAUCAGAGGCAGAAGAACGAGAGAAAACUUGAAUCUACAAACGAGAAAGCAACAAAACUGGACGAGAACGAGAAUACAAUUAACAGCAACAUAAUAAACAACAACAGAUAGAGGCGGGCAAUCAAUCCAAGAUGGCUACCCUAUCGCUGAAGAUCAGCGUGGUGGGCAAUAAUGUGGUGAAGACCAUGCAGUUUGAACCCUCGACCCUCGUGUACGACGCCUGUAAAAUCAUACGAGACAAACUUGUGGAAAUACAACAAGGAAACACUGGUGACUACGGAUUAUUUCUCAAGGAUGACGACCCAAAGAAAGGGGUGUGGCUAGAGUCUGGACGAGCACUUGAUUACUACUUACUGAGAAACGGGGAUUUACUGGAAUACAGAAAGAAGUUGAGGAUAUUACAAAUAAAAACUCUAGAAGGCAACCAGAAAAAAUUACAGGUGGACGACAGCCACACUGUCGGUCAGCUUAUGGUAACCAUCUGUACCCGAAUAGGAAUUGCCAACCAUGAAGAAUACUCCCUUGUACGUGACCUCGCCGAUGAUGAGAAAGAAAAAACUAUGACGAUCAAACGUGACAAAUCUAUCGCUAAGGACCAGAAAAAAUUGGAGGAAAUGAGGAAAAAACUACACACAGAUGAUGAAUUGGAAUGGUUAGAUCACUCAAAGACUUUACGAGAACAGGGAGUAAACGAUGAAGACACUCUGCUAUUACGACGUAAAUACUUCUACUCCGACCAAAACGUUGACCAGAGGGAUCCAAUUCAACUGAACUUACUCUUUGUCCAGUCUCGCGACGCCAUUUUGGACGGUACCCAUCCAGUGGCCCAGGAAGAGGCGAUACAGUUUGCGGGAUUACAAUGUCAGAUUCAGUUUGGAAACCAUAUAGAAAACAAACACAAAUCCGGCUUUUUUGAGUUGAGAGAAUUUUUACCCAAGGAAUAUUGUAAAAUAAAAGGCAUAGAGAAAAAGAUUUUCGCAGAACACAAGAAAUGGACUGGUCUGUCGGAAUACGAAGCCAAAGCCAAGUAUACACAACAGUGUCGUGCCCUGAAGACUUACGGCAUCACGUUCUUCCUCGUCAAGGAGAAAAUGCCGGGGAAGAAUAAACUUGCUCCGCGUUUGUUGGGAAUCACCAAGGAAAGCGUGGUCCGAAUGGAUGAAAAGACGAAAGAGGUCAUGAAAACAUGGCCCCUGACGACAGUGAGGCGCUGGGCCGCAUCUCCUAACAGCUUCACACUAGAUUUCGGUGAUUAUUCUGAUGCCUACUACUCUGUUCAGACACAGGAAGGGGAACAAAUUUCGCGACUUAUCGCUGGAUACAUUGAUAUCAUUCUUAAACGAAAAAAAGCCAAGGAACACCUUGGGAUUGAUGGGACAGAUGAGGCUCCAAUGUACGAGGAUAACGUCGCACCUGGACAGGCUACGAUUAUCAAACAAAACCAGGCAAAGGUCAGCCAUGCUGAUCACAUGUCCGUUUCCAUGCCAGGGGUCAUGAGGUCAGGAGUCGGGCCCUCAAAUUUCUCUGCAGGAUCAAUGGACUCCAUGCAGUCGAGUCAGGUGUCAAACUCAAUGCAUGUGCGGCAUGAAAACAACCAGAGCCAGGGCGUCCAUGAAUUCUCCCUAACCUCCUCUCAACGUGCCCUCAUUUCUUCGAUCGAUGAGGGCGUUUCGUCCAUCAGACGUGACCAGUCGACACUGGACAGCAGAAUGACCCUCCCCCACUUAGGAGACGACGCUGCGUCCAACAAAUGGCGCCAGAACCAGCUGGACUUGUCGCGCCAAAAAGUGAGCGCCCAACUUGCUGCCAUGAACGCAGCCACAGCGCAACUGGUGACACUUUCUGCCGGGGAUGACGAACCAGACACAGACAAUGUUGGAGCAGCCGUCGCUCAAAUCACCUCCAACAUGGGAGAUUUCAGUCACGAUGUUCGCAUGGUGGCCGCCCUACAGGAUGACGAUGAUUCGAGGAGCCGACUCCUCGGUGCCGCUAAGCAGCUGGCCGGGGCAUUCACAGACCUUCUCAAUGCUGCACAGCCAGGGCCUAAUGCUAAAGAUUCGAGACAGAACCUGAUCAUGGCGGCCAAGACGGUGGGCGAGGCGAGUCAGGAGGUGAUGCAUGGUGUCGGCGAGUCGGCCCUGGACAUGGACAGACAGUACCAGGAAACACUACUAGCCCUGGCCAAGGCUGUUGCCAACGCCACUGCCCAGCUGGUGCUCAAGGCAAAGAACGUGGCCAGUACAACGGAGGACCAAGCUCAGCGUGACAAGGUCAUCAGCUCGGCGACAAGCUGUGCCCUGGCCACGUCUCAACUGGUGUCCUGUACCAAGGUGGUAGCCCCGACCAUAAGCAGCCCAGCCUGUCAGGAACAGCUGAUUGACGCGGCCAAACAGGUGGCUCGCUCCGUGGAGGGGAUCGUGGAGGCUGCCCAGCAAGCCUGCAAAGAAGACAAACUGCUACAGGACCUCGGGGCCGCGGCCACUGCCGUCACUCAGGCUCUCACGGACAUGCUGGAGCACAUCAAAAAGGGGGCAGGACCAACACAGGCGUCUGAUUCCCACGAGGUUGCUGUGGAUACCAUACUGACUGUGACCGACCGCCUGUUCAGUUCUGUCGGCGACGCCCACGAGAUGGUCAAACAAGCGCGACAGCUAGCUCAGGCGACAUCUAAUCUGGUGAACGCCAUACGGGAACAGGCGGAGGACAACUCCGACACCGACACACAGAAGCGACUCCUGGCCGCGGCCAAAGCCCUGGCUGAUGCUACAGCUAAGAUGGUGGAGGCAGCCAAGGGAUGUGCCACCAACCCUAACGAUGCCAUGCAACAGCACGGCCUAAAGACGGCCGCCGAGGAUCUGAGGGCUGCCACCAACGUGGCCGCCAGCAACGCACUAAAGAAGAGGAUUGUGAUGAAACUAGAGCAUGCAGCUCGACAGGCAGCUACUGCGGCUACACAACUGAUCAACGCAUCCUCAUCUGCCAACAAAACCAACACGAAUACCAUGUCCCAGCAACAGCUCAGCCAGUACUGUAAGGAGGUAAAUGAACAGCUACCUAAACUGGUUCAGGGAUUCCACGGCUCGAUGAACAACACAGACAGCGCAUCAGCCCAACUCAACCUCAUCAACGCUAGUCAGGACUUUAUACAGCCAGCCGGUGGUCUGGUGUCGGCGGCCAAUGCAGCCGCGCCCACCGUGAAUGACCAAGCAUCAGCACGCAACAUGAACCAGAGCUGUAAGGCCAUGUCCAAUGCUUUGGCUGAACUUCGGACAGCUGCAGCCAGGGCUCAGGAAGCAUAUGGGUCACUAGAGGUGGACAGUGCACUUGACCAUCUGACUUCACUGGACAGGGAGUUAGAAGAAUGCCGCAGAGCGGCUGAGUCUGGCGGGCUUGUUCCUCUACCAGGGGAGACGGCAGAAACAUCGGCACAGAAAUUAGGAACGACCUCCAAGUCCGUGGGGUCAGCCAUGGCACAGCUUCUUACUGCAGCCUCACAGGGUAACGACAACUAUGUAGGAAUCGCCGCCAGGGACACGGCCAACGUGAUGCGUGUUUUGACCGAUGCCACCAGAGGCGUAGCUGCCACAACAGAAGACCGACAAGUACAGCUACUCGUGAUCGACAGUGCUCGGGAUGUCAUCGACAAGUCGACACGUUUACUAGAGGAAGCCAAACUGGCUCUUAAUAACCCGGAUAACCCAGACAACCAAACCAGGCUAAACCAGGUGGCGAAGGCUGUAUCGAAUGCUCUUAACAACUGUGUGAGUUGUCUCCCAGGACAGCGAGACGUGGACAACGCAGUCCGACAUAUCAUGGAGUCCAGUCAAGCCCUAACAACAUCAGAGUAUCCUAGUUCAUCCAAGUCUUUCUUGGAGGUUCAAGGUGACAUGAACGACUCGGCCGUGAACCUGAACCAGGCUGCGAGCGACAUCGUCACCUCAUCACGCUGUACGGCGCAGGAACUGGCGUCGUCAUCAAACCGAUACAGCAGCACUUAUCACACCUUUGUACAGACAGGUCUCACCAUGGCCGGGAAAUCCAAGGAUACCGAAACACAAUCGCAAAUCGUCGGAGGACUGAAGAGCGUUUCCAUGGUUUCCAGUAAACUUCUCCUCGCUGCCAAGUCUGUUCUGGCUGACCCUAACGCACCCAAUGCUAAAAAUCUGCUUCAACAGGCGGCCAGGUCAGUGACGGAGAGUAUCAAUCAGCUGAUUACAAUAUGUACUGUGUCAGCCCCCGGACAGAAGGAGUGUGACAACGCCCUACGUCAGAUCGAGGUAAUGAGAAGUCUAUUAGAUGGUGCAAACGAACCGGUGUCCGACAUGACCUACUUUGAGUGUCUGGAAUCUGUCAUGGAGAAAUCAAAGGCUCUUGGAGAAGCUAUGACGGGAAUUACUAACCAUGCCAAACAGGGAGAGCUGGACGACUUUUGUGUUGCUGUACACAACUUUGCCGGGUCAGUGUGUGGCUUGACCGAAGCCUCAUCUCAGGCUGCUUAUCUCGUCGGAGUUUCCGAUCCAAACUCCGAGCCGGGACGACCAGGAUUAGUUGACCAAUCUCAGUUUGCCAGAGCCAAUCAAGCCAUUCAGUCGGCAUGUGCAAAUCUCGCCAAUCCAGCUAGCUCGCAGCAACAGGUCUUAUCGGCUGCCACCAUUGUCGCCAAACACACAUCGGCUUUGUGUAAUGCCUGUCGCCUAGCAUCAUCAAAAACAUCCAAUCCUGUCGCUAAACGACAUUUCGUGCAGAGCGCCAAGGAUGUAGCUAAUAGCACAGCAAAUCUCGUAAAAGCCAUCAAGGCUCUCGACUCCGAAUUUACAGAGGAAAAUAGAGAGAGGUGUGCAGAAGCGGCCAAGCCCCUCAUUGAAGCCGUCGAUGAACUCACGAAAUUUGCUUCCUCUCCUGAAUUUGCCAGUGUGCCAGCCAGGAUCAGUCCACAGGCCAAGAAAGCUCAGGAGCCGAUCACAUCAGCGGGCAAUGCUAUGAUUUCGGGGGCGUGUAGCAUGGUGCAGGCCGCUAAACAACUGGCUGUCAACCCUAAGGACCCGCCCACGUACCAGCUGUACUCCAACUACUCCAAGAGUGUGUCUGACGCUAUAAAGAGGCUUGUGUCCUCCAUCAGGGACAGUGCCCCAGGACAGCGAGAGUGUGACGACUCCACGGACAAGCUGAACCACUCAAUUCGAACACUAGACCAGGCCGCCCUCUCCGCUAUCAGCCAGAGUCUCCAACAACGUCAGGACAAAACUCUCAAGGCUUUCCAGGAACAGAUGAUCAGCAGUGCUCGCCAAAUCCAGGAACACGUCGACCAGGUCCGAGUCUCCGCCAAAGAGGAACCAGAAAACCUCGGACACAGGGUUACCGUGAUGGCGAGCUAUUUCGACCCCCUAGCUGAUGGAGCAGUGGGCGUGGCUUCUUUGGUUACCAACUCCAAACAACAGACACAGAUAAUAGAUUUGACAAAAACAGUGGCCGAGUCUACACUACAAUUCGUUUAUUCAUGUAAAGAAGGGGGAGGCAACCCUAAGGCUUUCCACACACAUCAGAAUAUUGAUACAGCUGCUGAGAACACCAAGGAUGUACUUCAGGAUCUGCUCCAGUCUCUUGAAGAGGCCGCCUCACAGGCAGGCAUGGUUAACAGUAUGAUAGAGAAAAUCAGCAAGUCCAUCUCAAGGACGGAUGAAAGAGUAACUAUUCAAGAAGACAGGAACUACGUAGAUUAUCAGACCAACAUGGUACGCCUCGCCAAAAACAUUGCCAUGACAACACAAGACAUGGUUGGCAAGUCUUCUACCAGUGUGUCGGAGCUCGGAAGAUUAGCCAAUCAACUCACACGAGACUUUGACCUGUUAGCAAAUGACUCGCGUGGAGCAGCCGCAUCGACAGCCAGUAGUGAUGUUGCCAACCGAAUCCGGACAACAGUGCAAGAUCUUGGUAAAUGCUGCAUAGAACUAGUACAAGAUGCAGGUAAACUACAGAGCAACUCCUCGGACACAUUCGCUCGGCGCGACCUGGCUGACCAUGCAAGGAGCGUCAAUGAAAAGGUGUCCUUCCUGUUGGCCUCCCUCCAAGCAGGAUCUCGUGGCACUCAGGCGUGUAUAAACGCCGCCAGCACUGUGAGUGGCAUCAUUGCUGACCUUGAUACGACAAUCAUGUUUGCCACUGCCGGAACACUGAACUCUGACACUGCAGAUUCUUUCGCUGAUCACAGGGAGAACAUCUUAAAAACAGCGAAGGCGUUAGUCGAAGACACAAAAACUCUCGUAGCCGGAGCCGCAUCCAAUCAGGAACAGCUGGCCGGUGCCGCACAGAUGGCCGUAAAAACUAUCACGCGAUUGGCAGACGUCGUCAAAUUUGGUGCUGCCUCGUUAGGAUCUGACCAACCUGAUGCUCAGGUUAUGAUCAUUAAUGCUGUGAAAGAUGUUGCCUCUGCUCUGUCAGAGUUGAUCAGUGCGACGAAGAACGCAUCGGGCAAAUCGGUCCAGGACCCAGCCAUGUUACACCUUAAGGAAUCUGCUAAGGUAAUGGUUACGAAUGUGACGUCACUCCUGAAGACGGUCAAGACUGUUGAAGAUGAGGCAGCCAGAGGUACCCGGGCGCUGGAAUCGACUAUCGAGGCCAUCGGUCAAGAAAUAAAGACAUACGAUACCACAAAUGAACCAAUGAGAAAAGCUACGGCCGAGGACCUUAUAAGGAUAACCAAACCAAUCACCAUGGCAACAGCCAAGGCAGUAGCUGCUGGGAACUCUUGCCGACAAGAAGACGUUAUUCAGGCGGCCAACAUUGGUCGGAGAGCCAUAUUCGAUCUCCUGGCAAUAACUAAGGGGGCUGCUACUACUGCAGAAACCGCAGAUAUCCGACACCGAACGAUAAUGACCGGGCGAAAUACAGCGUCCGCCUACAAUCAACUCCUGGAGCAAGUCAAUGUAAUUAUACAGAGACCGACACCAGAGGGCAGGCAGUGUCUAGUGGAACUCUCAAGACAAGUUGCAAAUUCGGUGUCUGAAAUUGUUCAAGCUGCGGAGGCAAUCAAAGCGUCUAAAGAAAUCAGAUGGUCGUACAUUGUGCCAGGCUCAGACUGGGUGGAUCCACAGGACCCUACAGUUAUUGCUGAAAAUGAGCUCCUCGGGGCUGCUAACUCCAUUGAGGCAGCUGCGAAGAAGCUGGCCAUGCUGAAACCACGCCCCAAGGUUCAGGAGGCUGACAUGAGCUUAGAGUUCGAGGAACAGAUCCUAGAUGCCGCUAAAUCUAUUGCCGCGGCAACAGCAGCUCUGGUGAAAUCAGCGUCCGCGGCACAGCGUGAACUUGUGGCUCAAGGAAAGGUUCGGCCACGAAUCCAGGUGGGCGCUACCUACAGUCGGAUGGACACAGACGAGGAUGGACAAUGGUCACAGGGACUUAUAUCAGCUGCACGCCUAGUAGCUACGGCAACCCACAGUUUAUGUGAAUCGGCCAAUGCAAUGGUCCAGGGAAAUGCCACAGAAGAGCGACUCAUUGCGUCAUCCAAGGAGGUCGCGGGGUCAACUGCAGCCUUGCUGGUAGCCUGUAAGGUCAAGGCGGAUCCCGGCUCAAUUGCCAUGCAGAGGUUACAGGCGGCUGGUAAUGCAGUUAAGAGGGCGACAGACGCGUUGGUGAAGCAGGCACAACAGUCCAAGGACACGGAGGAGGGAACACAGCUCACCAUCAACAAGAGAAUGGUGGGAGGCAUUGCCCAGGAACUUCAAGCGCAAGAAGAGAUCCUCAGAAAAGAAAAAGAAUUGCAGAUGGCGCGACAGAAACUCGCUGGUAUAAGAAAGGCCAAGUACAAGGAUAGGCCCGACGAAUAUGACUCAUCUUCAUCAUUUUAGUUUUAUUUUAUAAUAAUUUUUAUUGAUUAACUCAGUCACCCCUGAAAUUUCAGAUUGAACUUUUCCAACCAGUGAAUUGGAAGAGUUCAAAUGUGUGUGUAGGGGUGAAUGAGGUAAAGAGGAAUGGAUUAGAAGGAAUAUACGCAAGCAGGAAAUAACUGUUUAGAUGUUUCAGAAGUUUGAAUAGAUAUUUAUUAAAUAUCUUAUGUGCAAGUGGCCCUCCGACGUGUUUAGGGGAGGAGUUGAUACGCAAACCAGAGAGCAGAGAUGACAGAAAUUACCAUAAACGCUUAUUUUGAAUGGUAUUGGUAUUUAGACGCAACAAGAUCAGGAAAAAGUUUUCUGAAAUGGGAAGAGAUACGAUGAAACAUUUUACAGAAUAUUUUUGCUAGUUGAUAGAUUUCCCGAGGAACAAAACCAAAUCAGCACUGUUCAUACUUAUUUUCUUUUUCAUGGAAUUAUGAUAAUGAAAAACGUUUAUUUUAAAAGUGAUAUUUUAGUAUUUUUCACUUUAUUUGGAAUUUUUUUCCAAAAUGUUUAUUACCUGCAAAACAUAUUUGCUGGAAAAGAGUCGCUGAAAUGGGAUACGGAAAUGUUGAUCCCAGCUACAGGAGAGUUAAUGUGACAUUUUUCACAAAACCAAUUGUUAAAUGUUUAUUACUCAAUUAUAUAAUUGUAUUCUGUGAAAGGGAAAUUUCGACAAAAAAUUUCCAUCUUAUUUUCAUGUGUCUAUAAAACUACCAUAUAUGGUAUACCAUGGAAUUAUGACUCAUUUUCAAAGGAUUUUGGCAGAUAAAUAUAAUAACAACAGUAUUUUGAAAAUAACUAAUCGUGAAUAAUGGUCUUUUCAUAAAUCUUUCCCCCUGUACAGUUUAUAAAUAAACCUGGUUUAACGUGUCUGCAGUACUUUCUUUGUCAAGUGUUUUUGUACAUGUACAUGUAUUAUAGAUUGCACGCUGUGCUAAGAGUAGAACUGCUGGAGAAAUGCAAAUAUUCAGAAUGUGCCUAAAAAGACUUGUGAUGUUAUUUUUCAUAUCCGUGUGACUGAAGGGUUUUUUUUUCCGAUGUUCAACAGGCUGGCUCGAUUUAUUGUUCUGUGAAGAGUUCUUCAAUAUAAAACGAUUGUAGAAGUCAACUUUUAUUUGCUAUGCCAAAUUUGAUUGGUUUAGAAGGCCUAAGAGAGAUAUAUCCAUCCAAUCAGAAGAGUCCGUUUGAAACAGUUUCAGUAUUUCUGUUCUUGUUUGGACUUCAGUAUAGGUUCCCCCUUUCACCACUGUAGACCAUAAUGGACUCGUCCAGAUGUAUGUAUGGUAGAGUCUAUUAGAGUUACCUAGGGGUGAAAAAGUUCAAUUCAAUCGUGAACCAAUCCGAAAUACUGGAGAAAAUUUUCACUAUAUCAUAAACUCAUUUAUUUACUGGUAUACGAACGAUCAUUUACAAGUUGUAAUCAAAUUACAUAUUUACAAUAAUCUUUUCCAUUUCUAUUCAGGAACACAUUUACUACCUGAAAUUAUAUUUGUAGCUGUAUUUAGAUUGAGACCAAUAAUUAAUGUACAAUUAUGAUAUUUUGAAACAACAAUUAUACUAUUUUGAUCAAUUUUAUGAUAAUAUUACCAACAAUUGCUUUUUUUUUUUCAAUUCAUUUUUUUUUUUUUUGUGUGAUAUGUAUUGAGACGAUUACUUCCUUAGUAGCGAUACAUUUUUCAACAAUUCAUCCCCGUUGGUGGUCCAGGAUCUCGCAAACAACAUAAUUCUGGUCAAAACGUAGAUAUCUGGUCAUGUUGAUACUGUAUGCCGGUGUAUUUAACUCAUUCACCCCCGAAAUUUCAUAAUGAACUAUUUCAACCUUUGAUUUGGAAGAGUUCAAAUGUGGUUUCAGGGGUGAAUGAGUUCAAACCUACAACCAUUCAUGUAAUCUUUUUUACCAUUCAUGAAGAUUCCCAUCCCAUUACCUUCAUUGCAAAAGUAAUUACAUGAUAGUGUGCAUCAGUAAGUCUAGCUGUUGCUUCGUGUUUGCCGAUUUAUUUUGAAGUGUAUUUUUUCUGGUGUAAUUCUGUGCGUUUGUAAAGAAUUUCUCCAUAUUGCUUGAUCGGCUUAGCUUUUUUUUUUUUUUUUUUUUGGAAAGAAAUAAAAAAAAUAUAUACUUCAUCUGUGGGUUUUUAACUCAUUC